UGUUAGCAGCUUGUCGUUGGGUGUGAUAAUUUCUCUCGCCGAAGAUCUUUCAGCGCUUUCCAGGUCUGUCAGAUAUUUCGACUGGCGUGAACUCAACACCGGGCAUGCCGGUAAAUGGACUAAACCCAGCAACAGAUGCUGCCUCCAUGAUCAAAGUGGAGCCAGGCAUGGGAAUGCUACGUUCGCCAGGGAAUGUUGUUGAUGCUGGUGCCGGAUCUGCUGGUGCCGGAUCUGCUGGUGCCGGAUCUGCUGGUGCAACAUCGCUGCUUGGUAUUCCUAAUCACGGUCUUCAUAAUGGUUCGGCUGUGUCCAGCAGUUUGCCGAACCAUGUCAUGCUUCCAUCUGGUGGUAACCACAUCGGUUCAGCUUCUCGUGGUUCGGGUAUAAAUGGUGGUAAUCCUGGCCUGCUACCCAAUGCUGGGUUGCCUACAGGUCAUGUUGGUGCUGGCAAUAUGCAACAGCCAGGUGCUCACCCCACGGCCAACAAUGAGUAUAUCAAGCAAAUAUUAAGUUCGGUGAAAGUUCAUCCACGUGCGCCGAUGAAACGUUGGACCUUUCCCGACCCUCUCCGCUUGAGAGUCAUCAUUGCGGCAUUUGAGAAGAUGGUCCGGACUUGUCCUAGCAUACAGCCUUGGCAGUACAAGGGUAUUGGCCAGGCUUGCAGUUGUUUGGAAGCCAAAUUCUACUCCGAAGCUAAAGACCGGGAAGAAUACCUGCAAUCGCUGCACGACAAAGUGGUGGCUCUCAUAAAGACGUCUGGUGCAGAAUUCCAGACACAACCUCACCACCAGCAGCAGCAACAGCAGUAUCAGCAGCAGUAUCAGCAACAGCAACAGCAUCGAAACCAGGAGCAGCCCAAACAACAACAGCAGCUGCUGCGGCAGCCGCACCACCAGCAGCUGCAGCAGCAGCAGCAGCAGCAGCAGCUGCAGCAGCAGGAAAACGGCGGACAAGUACGCAGGUUAGGGCUGUAUGAGACGAUGAACCACUGGAGCAACUGUACGGAUCUGGUCUGUCCUUUUUGUAGUCUACAGCGUGCCGCCAUUCCAGCUGAUAUUCCGACUGGCGUGAACUCAACACCGGGCAUGCCGGUAAAUGGACUAAACCCAGCAACAGAUGCUGCCUCCAUGAUCAAAGUGGAGCCAGGCAUGGGAAUGCUACGUUCGCCAGGGAAUGUUGUUGAUGCUGGUGCCGGAUCUGCUGGUGCAACAUCGCUGCUUGGUAUUCCUAAUCACGGUCUUCAUAAUGGUUCGGCUGUGUCCAGCAGUUUGCCGAACCAUGUCAUGCUUCCUUCUGGUGGUAACCACAUUGGUUCAGCUCCUCGUGGUUCGGGUAUAAAUGGUGGUAAUCCUGGCCUGCUACCCAAUGCUGGGUUGCCUACAGGUCAUGUUGGUGCUGGCAAUAUGCAACAGCCAGGUGCUCGCCCCACGGCCAACAAUGAGUAUAUGAAGCAAAUAUUAAGUUCAGUGAAAGUUCAUCCACGUGCACCGAUUAAACGUUGGACUUUUCCCGACCCUCUCCGCUUGAGAGUCAUCAGUGCGGUAUUUGAGAAGAUGGUCAGGUCUCGUCCUAGCAUACAGCCUUGGCAGUACAAGGGUAUUGGCCAGGCUUGCAGUUGUUUGGAAGCCAAAUGCUACUCCCAAGCUAGAAACCGGGAAGAAUACCUGCAAUCGGUGCUCGAGAAAGUGGUGGCUCUCAUAAAGACGUCUGGUGCAGAAUUCCAGACACAACCACACCAGCAGCAGCAGCAGCAGUAUCAGCAACAGCAACAGCAUCGGCACCAGGAGCAGCCCAAACAACAACAGCAGCUGCCGCACCAGCAGCUGCCGCACCAGCAGCUGCCGCACCAGCAGCAGCAGCAGCAGCAGCAGCACCAGCUGCCGCGGCAGCCGCACCAGCAGCAUCAGCAGCCGCACCAGGAGCAGCAUCAGCAGCCGCACCAGGAGCAGCAUCAGCAGCCGCACCAGGAGCAGCAUCAGCAGCCGCACCAGGAGCAGCAUCAGCAGCCGCACCAGGAGCAGCAGCAGCAGCAGCAGCAGCAGCAGCAGCAGCUGCAGCAGCAGGAAAACGGCGGACAAGUACGCAGGUUAGGGCUGUAUGAGACGAUGAACCACUGGAGCAACUGUACGGAUCUGGUCUGUCCGCCUCCUUGUAGUCUACAGCGUGCCGCCAUUCCAGCUGCGGAACAAGCCACGGGAAUGCUGCCUCUGCCUGGGAAUAAUGUUAGUGCUGGUGCUGGAUCUGCUGGUGCAACGCCACUGCCCCGUAUUCCUAAUCUCGGUCUGCGUAAUGGUUCGGCUGUGCGAAGCAGUUCGCCGAACAAUGGCAUGCUCCCUUUUGAUGGCAAUCACAUCGGUUCAGCUACUUCACGUUUUGGCAUACGUGGUGGUAGUACUGGCAUGUUUCCCAAUGCUGGGUUGCCUACAGGUCAUGUUGGUGCUGGCAAUAUGCAACAGGCAAGUGCUCACCCCAUGUCCAAUAAUGAUCAUAGCUUGACACUACGGUAGAUUUAUCCACGGCGUGUGUCGAUCUACAUUAAGCUGUUGUGUAGCUGCUGUCUUCAUUGAUUGUUUUCUUCCUUUUUCCUAGAGGUGUUCAAUGUUGCCAUUCUACUUCUCCCUCUUGCCGUUUACCAGUCUGUGGUAUUUGGCUUGUGUUCCGUAGAGGCUCUGUUGGUUUGGUUUGGUUUUUAUUGUUUCAGUUCGUUGCCUCAACAGUACAAAUAUCAAGAGGGACGAACGAAAAGAGAAAAUAAAACAGAGCAGAGACUGUUACAUGCACACUCUGUGAACAUUC